UUUUUUAUUAUCAUCAAAACAAUUUAUUGAAAAAUACAUAAAACGAAGGCACUGCUUAGUUUCUACAGUAGUCAAGUACUGCUCGCUUAUAAGAAUUUAAUAUAAAAAUCUACUACGAAAUCUAGUUGAAAUCGACAUCUUGCUUUUUCAAAAUGGACAACGUGAAGCUGCAAGAAGAGGUGAAUGCACUGAAGAAUCUUGGCGAGCACUUGGAAAGUCAACUAAAAAUGAUUGGAUUUGAACUCUGCGAUCUGCCCGAUGAUGUUUCGUUAUUAUUGGACAAUUGUGUGGAUAUCCAGAUGGAGACAAAUCUACACGAAUUAAACAUUAACUAUUUACGCGAAUAUUAUUAUACAAAAAAGCGUGAGACCAUUGAGAACAAACAGAUCACAGCACAACAGACGGCAGAGUUGAAGAAACUAAAGGAUUCCAUUGAAGAAACCGACAAGGAUAUCAAAGUAUUGGAGAAAUUCAAGGAUAAAGUGGGCAAACGCCUGAUGACGGAACCAUCAUUGCAGCGCAAUCUUAUCACGAUCGAGGGCAAAGCCAAAUCCCUGCAAGACAGGCAAAAGAAUUUUGUGAUGCAGGAGGAUUUCAAUAUCGAUGCCUUGAUUGACAAGGUGGAGCAGUUGGAGACGUGGCGCAAGAAAGCGGACACAAAAUAAGAGUAGCAUUUGUUGUAUAAAAAAUGAUUUUAAUAUAUUUGUUUUAUUUAAUCGGUAA